UUUUAGGUUACAAAUUACUUAAACCAAACUAUAACUGCAAGGUUGAUAGGCAUUCACAUUUAAAAAAGGCUUAUCAAUUAAGUUAAAAGCAAAAAAAAAAAAAUGUUUCAGAAGUCAACACAUCAGUAAUAAGUUUCCAAAGUCAGCACAACAACAACAGGUCUCAUAAGUAUCAACAACAAGUCUCAACAUAUCAAUAAUAAGUUUUAGAAAUCAACCCAUCAAUAAUAAGCCUCAGAAGUCAACACAUCAUUAAUAAGUCUCAGAAGUUAGCGCAUCAAUAAAUUAGAUCCGAAUCAGUCAUCUCAAGAUCAUCUCUUUUAAAGUCCGACCAAACAGAAUCAAGCAGCACAUUUUCUUUGAAGUCAUCGUCAAAAUAUCUUAAUUCAGUAAAAAUCUUUAAUGUUAAUCAAGCAACUCUUGAUUUAUCAUAUGAAGAAGCAUCUAAACUUCAACCAAAGGACAUAGAUGAAAUGUGGUCUAUUGUAAAGAAAACAUCAGAUAAGCAAGCCAUCAAUGUGGAACCUAUAAAAAACCGCAAAGGUUGGCGUACAAUUAGAAUAUUUGUAUCAAGCACUUUUAAAGAUUUUCAUCAUGAAAGAGAAGUUCUUGUCAAAGAGGUGUUUCCUGAUCUUCGGCUUUGGUGUGAACAAAGAAAACUUCGACUUGUAGAAUGUGACUUACGUUGGGGUGUUCCAAAAGAUUCUACAACAGAAGAAACUAUUAAAAUAUGUCUCAGUGAACUUGAUCGUUGUUAUGAAGACAAUGUUGCACCUUUUUUCUUAAAUUUAGCAGGAGAACGAGCAGGCUGGAUUCCGAAAUUUGAAGAUGUCUCAUUAAAUUUAGCAGCUCAGUAUGGAUGGGUGUAUGGGCUAUCGGUUACAGAAAUGGAAAUUGUACAUGGUGCAUUUAGAAAAUUAAAUCCCAAUGCUUUAUUUUUACUCCGUGAGCCUGAUAGUCUUGAUGGUAUCCCUGAUGAUGUCAAGAAAGACUUUCAAGAUACUUCAGAGUUUUGUGUGGAAAAAUUAAAAGCUCUAAAAAAUGUCAUCAUUGAUACAUUUGAGGAGAGCCACGUUUAUAGAUAUCGAGUUAAAGGAAAAUACAAUCAUGGUGUAGUGGAAUUUGAAGGUUUAAGUGGUAAUUCACCCUUUUCACAAACUGUUUUUGAUUUUUUCCAAAAACGAAUUGAAAUAUUGUAUCCUUUGGAUCCAAGUCCAGAAGACCCACUACAAGUUCAAAAGGAAGCACAUGAGACAUUUUUGGAUAGUCGGUCUCAGUGUGUUCUUGGCAGAGAUAAGCUCAUUUCUCAAAUUGAUCAUUAUUCAAAACAUGAUAAUAGUAGAACACCAUUGCUAGUUAUUGGAACAGCUGGUGCAGGAAAGUCUGCUCUGAUGGCAAAAUGUGCAAGUAAUGCUAUUCAAAUGGCUGAAAAAAAUGAAAUUGCUGUGCCUGCUGGUUUUAAGAAAUGGAAAAUAUUUUUUCACUUUGUUGGUGCAACACCAGGAUCAACUGAUCUUGCAUUUUUUUUACAACGUUUAACAAAGGAAGCAAAACCAGACAUGAAAGAUAUUGUUAGCGAUCUUGAAACACUUAUACAACUAACCAAUAGUUUAUUAACAAAUCCCAAUACCGAACCUAUUAUACUGUUCAUUGAUGCUGUUAAUCAGUUAGAUGAAGACAAACAACAGUUUCUUAGUCGAUGGCUCCCAGAUUGCUUAUCUCCAACAGUUCGUAUUGUUGUUUCUAUGAUUGAAGGCACGCAAAGUCAUCAAAUGCUACGCUCCUAUAAACCUUCUCCUAUUGAAAUAGUUUGUGGUCCGCUCAAUAUGGAAGCAAGAAUGGAAAUUGUCUCAAAUAUUUUAUCAAUUUACAACAAACAGCUGGACAGUGAACAACUGGAAACACUUUGUCAAAAAAGAGGUUCAAGCAAUCCUUUAUGGCUAACGUUGGCUUGCGAAGAAUUACGUGUUUUUGGUACAUUUGAAUUAUUGAAGGACAAAAUUGUUAAUUUACCUGAUGAUUUGAUCAACUUAGAGACAGAAGUGUUUACUCGUUUUGAAUCAGAAACUGGAGGUGUACUAAUGAAAGCUACUCUUUGUUUGUUAGAAGUCUCUAGACAUGGUUUGUUAGAAACGGAGUUAUUAGCACUACUUGGCGAUUCAAAGAAUAUACAAUGCACAGAGUAUAUUGAGGGAGAAGAUGACAAAAUAAUGGAAGCUACAGAAAAAAUGAAUAUCCAAUCAGCUAUCACUUUAGACACAGAGAAGCAUGAAGUUGAACAAUUAACUGAUAUGUUUUCCAAGCAAGUAGAGGAUACAUACAAAGUAAAAGAAACCAAGGAAAAUGACACUAAAACGCAAGUAUCAAGACAGAAAGGCAAACAGGUUAAGUUUUUGCCCGCCAGAGAUUGGGCUAUUAUCUAUAGAAACUUAAAACCAUUACUGCGACCAUGUGGUGAUCUUGGAGAAGGACGGCUAGACUUUUAUCACCGUUCUUUAAGUAAAGCUGUUCGAAAAAAAUACUUUGAAGGCAGCGAAGGUUUUACAAAACAUGUUUAUAACUAUUGGCACGGUGUUUUGGCAAGUUAUUUUGAAAAUAUUGACGACAUGGAUAGAAAAGCAGAAGAGUUACCUUAUCAUUUGGAACAACUUUUGGAUAACAACAGAUUAAUUCGAUGUUUGUUAGAAUGGCCUGUAUUUGAUCGCUUAUAUGAUGAAGAUUUUAGUAUAGAUCUGCUCAGGUCUUGGCAAAAGGCAGGCGGUUACUCUGUUGCAGCUGCAAUGUACAAAGAAUCAUUAAAACUACUAAAAGAUUCCAGUGAUAAUAAUUUAAUUACCUUCGGAGAUCAGAUGGAAAAAGUAGCAGUUUUCUUAAUACAGGCAGGUCAGUAUAGUGAAGCCACUUUGAUUCUCGAGGAGAGAGUUGAAUUAGAAGAAAAACAGCUUGGUUCAAGACCUGAUGAGUUAGCUGAUGUUUAUCAAAUGAUGGCCAAGUGUAAAAGUGAAGUUGUAAAGAAUCACAACUUUGUUACCAUGUCUCAAUUAGAUGAAGAUAUAGAAGUUGUAGACAUUUGUCGUAAAAGUCAGUUGUUCAGACAAAAACUUCAGCAGACAGAUAAGCACAAGUUUAAAAUGGCGUUAAAUAAUAUUUUAAUGUGUCAUCAUUUGAGUAUAAUUGCUGACUUGAAAAACGAUAACAGUUACAGAGUGGAAGCUUUUAAAGUCAUUGAUGAAGCUAUUGAAGUUUUUACAGAGAUCAACGAUAUAGGUCAUCUUGCGGAAGCAAUAAUGACUAAAUCUUUUGUCAACCCACGACAAUCAAACUUUUUUGAAGAAAAAAAAGAGCAAUUGAUGAAGUCGUUGGAACUUUGCAUGAAAGCGUAUGGUGAAAGUCACAUGCUAUAUGUUCGAUUGUGUCUCAACAUUGGAAUUCUCUAUGAAGAUGAUCGACAAUUCAAUGAAGCAUACGACUAUUUUGUGAAGUGGGAUAAAGCUACAUCUGAGGUGCUUGGCCCAAAUCACCCGAAAACUAUCAGAGCUAAAGAAACAUUAGAGGAACCAACGUAUGUUAGAAUUAGAGAACAACGAGAAAGACAAGCAGCUGGAACAGCAUGAACACUCAACGUUUGCUAUAACAUAACGCGUUUAAUUUCUCGGUUGACUGAUUAGUUUUGUACUUUUCAAUUCUAGACUGCUGGCUACAGUUUUAUUAUUUCAAUUUCAUGACUGCUGGUAACAGAAAUAACCGUUUUAUAUUUUCGGCUUAUUAAGCUUCAAAGUUGCACAUAACAUAUUACUUAUAAUUUUAUUCAAGAUAGCUCGUCAAAAAAUUUCAAUUAUGAUAACUUAAAAGGUUUAUAUAUUUAUAGCUUAACAAAUAAUAAAGUAUAUUUGUAUAUUUCUUUAGAAUUAAUAUUUAUAAGGUCUUUUACAUAAAAUUUUAAUAUCUAGUCUAGAUUUUUUACGUAAAAUUUGUGUUAGUUAAAUAAUACAUAAGCUGUAUAAUACAUACAAGCGUAAUCAAUAGGGUAAUUAACAAAUUUUUUGUCUGGAAA